UACAUAUCUUUGAAUACAGAUGGCACACCUAGGAAGCUUGGGUUCACAGAUACGACACUGGAGUAAUUUCAGUGUUCUUCCCCAAAUUCGCUACCUGAACUGAAAACCCUAAUUUUGUCUCAUACCAGGACCGACUAUCUUAAUGGGAGCUUUUUUGAGCAAAAAUCAUCUUAAACGGAUUGGAUCAUUUCAUGCUCCACCUAAUGAAUCCUGUAAGAGACAGAAAACAUCAUCAGGUGUUUGGUAUGAUGAGCCUCGAUUGAUUCCCGGUCUUCCUGAUGAAAUCUCUCUUCAGAUUCUUGCUAGAACUCCCAGAAUUGGCUAUUUGAAUUUGAAGGCAGUAUCGCCCAGCUGGAGAGCCGCAGUAACCAGCCCUGAAAUUUACAACAUCAGGAAAGAAUUAGGUACCACAGAGGAAUGGCUCUACAUUUUGGUGAAUAAGGGGCUAUUUGGACGUUUCUUGCACGCGUUGGACCCCAUUUCUAAAAGAUGGCAAAGAUUGCCUCCUAUUCCUAAUGCACUUGUAGAAAUUGGUUAUAGACGAAGCUUAUCGUGUUUUCGGACUGUGUAUCGUAGUUGUGCUUUUGCAGCUGUUGAUGGCUGCCUAUACAUGUUAGGAGGGGUGUCUGGAUGUUCUAGUUUGACCAGUGUCUGGAAAUACGACCCGGUUUCAAAUUCUUGGAUUGAAGCAAACCCCAUGUCUGUUGGUAGGGCUUAUUUUGAAACCGGGGUGUUAAACAAUAAACUGUUUGUUGUUGGCGGCAUUAGCUUUAGUCGUGUUGGUGAUAAUCAUUACAGUAAAACCCCGCUACAGUCGGCAGAGGUUUUUGAUCCCGAAACCGGGUUGUGGUCGGAUAUACCAAGCAUGCCAUGUUCAAAAGCACACGCAACUGCGUUUUUAGGAGGUUCACAGAACCCUGUUACUAUAGGAUUGGCAUCUUACAGAGGAAAACUAUAUGUUCCUCAGAGUUUCCUUCGCUUGCCGUUUUUCGCUGAUGUUGGUGGUGAAGUUUAUGACCCUGAAACAAAUUCAUGGGUCGAUAUGCCAACGGUCAUGGGUGAAGAUUGGCCCCCUCGCAUAUGGGGAACCAAACCGAGUGUGAUUCUUGAUGGUGAUCUAUAUGCGAUGGAUCCUAUAUACUCUUUGGAAGGUGCUUUGGAAGGUGGAAAAGUAUAUGUUUAUAAUCACCCCGAUGAUUCUUGGAUAGUGGUUGAAGGAUACGUGCCUUUACGCAACCACUCACCAUAUAUACUUACGGGUUUACUUGGGAAGCUUCAUGUGGUCACUAUAGAUGAUAACGAUAACAUGGUAGUGAUGCGGGGUGAUAAACGAGAUGAUUCGACUGCAUCAUUAGAUGAAGGAGAUUCUGAAUCAGUGACGACUUCUGAGUCAUAUAUCUGGAAUGUGAUUGCUUCCAGGAAUUUUCGUUUAGGCAGGCUUGAGGGUUGUCAAAAUCUCGAUAUAUAAGUGGGUUCGUUUCAUAACGCAUCUCUCUCUUUCUAACUACUUUUGACUAUGUUUUAUGUCCUGUGUACAAAUGUAAUAUGAGGUUGGUUUCUUGAAACGGAGGUUACCACUUAUAUAGAAGUUUACCAUGUGAGAAGUGUUAAAAAACCA